AUGUCCUGGCUAUCGCAUUCGUUCAGCUCCAUAUCAUCCUUGGACAACUUGCUGCACCCCAGCUCGCUCGCAAUCAACGGCUCUCGUGUCUGUGGAGCACACCAGGUGCCACUGCAAUUCCCCGAACAUGGGGUCGGCAAGAGAAAAAUCAAACAAUUCAUCGGUGGCGAGCAUUGCGGCGAACGAGCCAGCACAGGGCAAGACGCACAGAUGCGCCCAGCGAAGACUUGGUCAUGUCGCCAAUCCUGUUCCAGCAGGAGCGCUGGGUGCACGGCACAACAGAUCAACAUCCUGGCGCGCUCGCCAUGCCGCACAAUCCUGGCCACCAUUUGCGUCGUUGGCAUCAGCGGCAUGCUCUCAUCUGGCUGUGCUACAUCCUCGUCUGCACGAGCGGCGUGCUCUGAUCAUCCAGCUGGUCUCCAAGUGAGCUUUGCCUGA